AUGCCCCAACUGGAGUUGCUUGGAGAACGGCUUGGGCUCCCAGGACGCAUCACCACAAAGGCCGGCGACAACGUGACGCGCCUCGAAUCGCUCUCGAUCAUCUGUCGCCGCCUCUCCGAAUCAUCGAAGUUGCUCACAAUUGCCAAGGAGUUUGGGCGCUCCCCUGCGGCAAUCAGUCGCAUCGUCAAGCACGUUGCUCGUUUACUCUAUGGAAUGCACAAGAGUAAACUGUACUUCAACCGAAGGCUCAUCACGUCCAGGAUUGCGGCGUACUGCAGUGCCAUAAACGAGAACGGAGCACCCUUGACGAACGUUUGGGCAUUUAUUGAUGGUACUAAGCGUAUAUUGCACGCCCAACUCCAAGGUCUGAAUACAGUGAUCGCUACGAAAAAUCUUCAGUGUUCGGUGUACAACGGACAUCCGCGUCGACAUUGCCUCAACUGGCAAGCACUUACGACACCUGAUGGCCGAUACGUGUAUGGCGAUCCGGCGUACGGCUGCAACCGUUUCAUGAUCUGCCCCUUUGCGUCCCCGGCCGCCGACAGCAAUGAACGCCGAUUCAACGCCCGAAUGAGCAAAGUUCGCGAAGCCGUGGAAUGGAGCUUUGGCCGCCUCAAAAUCCUGUGGCCAUUCGUGUUUGACGACAAGAAGAUGCAAUCCACCGAUGAGUAA